AUGGUUAGAGAAAUACCAGCUGAUUUAGCUCUCUGGAAAGGUUCAGAAAAAGGUGAGGAGCCACUCUAUGACCCAAACUCAUUAGAAGUAAUGCGAUCGAUUUCUGAGAUACCAUUAAAAAAAUAA